GAGAAAAUAAAAAAAAAGAACAGAGACAUAAAAUUAUAAUUGUUUUUAUUAUUUUAAUGUGGGAUUUUCGAGAGCUGUGAUAUUUAUAAAUAUAUAUUUUUUUUCUGAUACAUAUACAAAUAUGUAUUUUAUGGAGAUUUGCGCAGUUCAAUCUUUGUGAAACUUAGUCAUAGAAGAUUUUACUCUUCUUUUUUCUUGGUAUUUUUCUCUCUCUUCCAGUCCUUCAAGCGGUCUAUAUCACUGUUUGCGAAAUCGAUAAAAGAAAAAAAAAAAAGGAAAAAAAGAAAAAAAUUCUUUAACUUGGGGUUUUUGUCAUUUUUAGUGAGAGAAAAAUAUCGCAGCCAUAGAUUCGUAAUCUGCUUCACUCUCUCUGACCUUUAAACCCCUCAGGAGGGUUUUAUUUUUUGUUUUUCCACUACUAUAUCUAUCAGUAUCUCAUACCGGUCCUCUGGUUUUGCUCUCUGGGGAGAAGCAAGGUUGGUUUUUUUUUUGUUUGUUUGUGGUGUGCUGUGUGUUUUUGUGGAGGAACAGAGUAAAAGGGAGGGUUGAGUAGGUGGAUUUAUGUCGGCUGGGUUUGAUUUGGAGAUUGGGGCUCUGUUGCAGCUCUGGCUUUGUUCUGUUUACUCUGCGUUAUUAUUCGCUUUCUGCUGUAUGUUUCUCUGCUCUUCCAGGCAGAGCUUGAAUCCGGUGAACCCAACUGUUUCGAUGCGUUUGAUACCAAAAAGGACUUGUUCUGGAGUAGAGUGUUUUGGACCCUUUCACAUAAAAAGAUUUUCCUUCCUUUUCUUGUUCCUUAGAGGGGGUCUCACUUAAUAUUACUUCAUUGAUAUUGAGUUUUUUUUUUUUUUUUUUUUUCGCUUUUAUAGUUUUGUUAUAUUUUUUCUUUUUCUUUUUUUCUUGAGAAAUUUCUGGGUAUUUUUGUGGGAUUUUAUAGAGACAAAAUCCCAAAGAGAUGCCAGAGCCUCGAAAGCAAUCUAUUAAUAUUUCCAAGAAUCCCAUUAUGGUACAAAUUCCUUCCGAAGAGUUCAAAUCCAUGAGAAAAAUCCGUGUAAUCUGUUCUGAUCCCGAUGCUACUGAUUCAUCCUCGAGUGAAGAUGAAGGAGAAGAGGUGAUUAAGAGGAGGGCUAUCAAGAAAUGCAAGCGUAUUGUACGGGAAAUCAGUCUUCCUCCUUUUCAUCCCCAGAAGGCCCUUGAGCCUGAAGGUUCUUGUCAGGACAGUAACCACGGAGGCAAAACCCCUUGCCCCAAGAGGAGGGUUUUGGCCAAAACAACCACAACAAAGAAAACAUCUUCCUCACCUUACAGAGGUGUUCGAAUGAGGAAAUGGGGCAAAUGGGCGGCUGAAAUUCGUGAUCCUUUCAAAGGAGCCCGUAUAUGGUUAGGCACUUACAACACUCCCGAAGAGGCUUCAAGAGCUUACGAGAAUAAAAAGCUUGAAUUUGAAGCUAUGGCAAUGGCUAUGGCUUCCUCUGAGAAAAGCAAUAGUACAUCUUCUUCGGCUGUGGUUUCCAAGUCGCACAACAACAACAGCAGCAACAACCACUCUGUUUCUUCAGAGGACUCUGAGAGCGUUUUGUCCCACGCUUCUCCUUCUUCUGUACUAGAAUUGGAGACCUCGACCUCUAUGUCCAAUUCUAAUGUGAAUGGUUCUGAUUUUGUCAAGGAAGGUGUUGAUGAUACUAAUCUUGGCGGGUUGGAAAUACCUGACUUUUUGAUGGACGAGGCUUUGGCUUCUCUUUCAUUUGGGGAAGAACUGAACUUGAAUCCGGGUUUUGAUGAACCUAAUCUGGAUGAUUUUGGGCAAUUCUUCAGUGGUUUUAGUAGCAUUGAAGAUGUUCAAAUAGGUGGUUUUGAAGAUGGUGAGCCGAGCGACCUUCCUGAUUACGAUUUCGAGGAUCUUUGCAAUGAUGAUAUUGCUUCUUGGAUGGAUGAACAACAGCCACAACCCCGCAACAUAUCGUGCGUAUAAAGUUUUGCAGCUAAAUAGGAACUAUUAGUGUUCCCAAUUAAGUUUUGUUCUAUUUAUUUAAAUUUUUAUGGAAAAAAAAAAAAGAAAAAAAAACCUGAAUCUCAAGAACUUGAAUAUGAGUUCUUGUGCGAGUGUUAUUAUGUGAGUGAGCUUUACUUUAUAUGUUUGUUUAAAUGUCUUUGAAAAAGAGAGUGAUUUUGAGGGAAAUGAGAGUCUCAUUGUGUAAAGAGAGUGAGGAGUCCUUUGGGUUUUCUUGUGCUGUAGAGCCGUCCAAGGGGUUCUCAAAACUUUUAUUCUCUCAUAGCCAGAUAUUGUUUAAUCCCUUUAUGUGGUUGUGAGAUCAAUCUGCUCAUUUUCCUCGCAUCUCUUUCUUUCACUCCAUGAAUAUGAAAUGAAGUUAAUAUUAUUUGAA